UCCACAUGCACACACAAACAACCACACAAACCCCACAAACAUGCUGGCUUUCUCAGAUAUGGUCACUCUCUCAACUCUGUCUUGAGCACCUUUUCAUUCUUAGACACUCAUCAACAGUCUCUCUCCAACACACACACAUAUACUGACACACCCUCUAUAUUGACUGCCUGGAAGGAACCCUGCAGUUUGCGGCUGCAGCUCUCUGGACAUGCAGGACCGUGUCUGAGGUGGGAGAUGGGCUUGAGAACGUGUGUGUAAGAAUCUGCUCCUAUUUCCUGUUGUAAUUCUAGUGCUAAUUGUCCCUUCAAUCAUAUUGCGAGGGCGAGGGGUUUCCACGUGGUUACGGAUCCGGAGACUCUAUCCUUAGCCACUGCCACAGACGGAGCUGUACAAGACAGAAAAGAAAGGAGGAAAAAGAAAGAUUUGCAGUUCCAUCCCAAGGAGGAUACACUCCAGUAGUAGAAACCACAAGAGCGGAUAGAAUACAGUUGACACUCAGUCAUGCAUGGCUCCACCCUUACAUUGAUCUUCACUGGGGUGCUCCUGUACUUAGUGAUGGGGGCACUGGUGUUCAAUGCACUUGAGGCCCCGAAUGAGGAAAGCUACCAUGACCAGCUGCAAAUCACCCGUCAGGAGUUUCUGGACAACAACACUUGUGUGAACCCUGACCAUCUGAAGCAGCUGUUAGAUAAAGUGGCAACAGCGAUCAGUGUUGGAAUUCAUCCUAGCAGCAAUGCCACAUACAGUUCCAGUUGGGACCUGUCCAGUGCUUUCUUCUUCUGUGGCACCAUUGUCACCACCAUUGGUUAUGGAAACAUCGCUCCAAAGACAACGUGGGGUCAGUUCUUCUGUAUCUGGUAUACGCUGGUGGGCAUUCCCUUGUUUGGAUUUCUUCUGGGUGCAGCUGGAGAUCAUCUGGGGACAUCGCUAAGGAAUGCCAUUGCAAAAGUUGAAGCUCUUUUAUGGAAAUGGAAGGUGAGCCCAACCAUUGUGCGUGUCAUCACCGCUGUGCUGUCCAUCCUGCUGGGCUGUGUUCUCUUCAUAUUGGUGCCAGUUUUAGUCUUUCAGAAGGUGGAAAACUGGACUCUUCUAAAAUCUGCUUAUUUUGUGGUUAUCACCCUCACGACUGUGGGCUUCGGAGACUAUGUUGCAGGUGAUGGCGGUGAUGCAGAAAAAAAUCAUUGGUACAAGCCUCUGGUCUGGUUCUGGAUUUUGUUUGGUUUGGCCUACUUUGUGUCCAUUCUUUCCAUGAUUGGGAACUGGAUUCUGGUUCUAACCAAAAAAACCCGUGCUGAGAUGGAGGAGUUGAGGGCACAUGCCUCAGACUGGACUCAGAACAUUCAGAACAUGUCCGUGGAUUUCAACAUUGCUGGAAAACUGGAAGAUCCUUUCAAGCGUACCAGGCGAAAGCGGCGUCACAGGCGCCAUAGACGCAGUGACAGCCAAGGCGAAGCAGGUGGAGCUGGAGAGGCUAGGAGGGGGGAGUACGAAUCAGAAUCUGGCUCUUACUCGGCCUCGUCUGACGAGUCGGAGGGCAGCUCUGAGACGGAGUCAGAGGUGACCGAGACAGAACGGGUGCUGGAGGGAGGUGUCAUCAAAGACGUUAAGAAAGAAAAGCCGAAAGCCCCCACCAUUGCCAAAGAUCACAUCUUCUCUCAGCCCUUGGAUUACUUUGGGGAAAAUCUUGCCUACAUUGAUGAGUCCUCAGAUGCAGUGAGUGGGAGGAUUCACCUGGACCCCCUCCUGGAUGACUCCAAUCCGAUUUCUAAAGACAAGGCCAAAAGAAGUCGUCAAAGGAGACACUUGAGAAAUCCACAGAACAAAUCAAAGGAUCCUCAGAAACCCAUGUAUACCAAAACCAGUCCAAGUGAACCAGAGAACAAUAAGCCAAAUGGAGACAUUUAGCCAAAAGACCCCUCUCCACCAAAGCUAUAAGCAAGCAUGGUGUGCAUUGGGUUUAUAAUAUCGAUCUUCACUGAAGAGUCAGGAAUUUGAGUGAUGGUUUCCUUCCCAGACUGUAUGACGAAGGCAGUCCUGAAAAUGGAAAGUGACAUGCACUUUUUAUAUUGAUAAUAAAGCAUGUUUUCAAAAUAAAUAAGCAUGAUGUUUUACCUUCCAUAGUGCAUGAUGGAUAUUCAAAUUAUUUGUAUCUUUUUUUCUCAAAGUUGUUUGCAGAUGCUGUCCAA